AUGUGUUGCACCUGGCCGUCAAAUGCGAUAACUGUCGAGAAUAACUUUCCCCGCCUCUCGACUGGAAAUCGAUGGUGGUUUGGAUUCUGGGAUACCGGAUGUUUGCGACACGAUUUAGAUGGUGCAGGCUGGAUGUGUGUGCAUCUUUUCCCGCUGUCGUUGGUUGAUUUUACACUUGAGGAUACAACUGAGGUCCCCUCGAUGUUUGCCCCCGACAUCAAUAUUCGAACUCCAAAGCCUCCUCAAUACAUGCUCUCCUUAAUUCACCAUCUUCGAAAGCUCCGAAUUGGUGGUCCUAGCCGAAUCCGAGUCAAAAAGGACCUCUUGAGUUUCAUAUCAUCUUACAUAUUCCACGGCCCACCUGGACAUAUUCAUCCCGAGCUUCUCCAUCGUCUCUCAGAGCAGCAGAGCAAAGAAAACUUACUGAAGAAGCUGGACGAAGGAGUUAGGUUCAUGAAGGGAUGGAACUGGGGCAACGUCGAGGAAACUGACCUGGCACUUGCUGAACGUGUUGUUCGAGAUUGCCAUUACGUCGGAAAGCUGACGGAUGUUACUCAGGACCCUGCAAGCCCUUGCAGAACUCCAGAGCCUGUCCUCCCCGUCCAGUGA